UAUUAGGGAAAUCUACACUUGGUUUACAAAGUCCAAACAUGAAUUGCUAAUUUAUAAAAGACGAAAUGGCUUGGGAGAUCCUUGUACUUAUUUUGAUUUGUAAACCUAACUACUUAGGUUACAACUGUAAAUGUACUGACUCCAGAUCAGUUUCUGUUGCUUGGGAUAGAACUAUGAGUGGAGGAAAUGGAGGAGUCAUAGUGGAAGAAGAAAGUGGAAUUUCUAAGGCAUAAAGUAGCUCGCGAGGGACUUGAACUUGAUUUCCCUAUGAUCACAAAACAAUAUUUUGUUCAAAACAAUUUGAUGUAAAAAUGUAAAAUGAUGUGGCAAGUUUUAUCUCAGUUCACUUUUUUGAUUUGGAACUCUAGUCGAGCUGAUGGCGAGAUCAAUUCUUUGUUGGAGUUUCAUGAGGAAGGAGAGGAACCACUGAUGCAAGUCUACAUAUCAUAGAGCUGGCAGCGGAGGUGUACAAGUUAGUUAGUGGGUGAUGUCCAAUAGUUAGUUGGUGCCCAUUAGUUAGUUACAAUUCUGUUACAAAAGUCAGUUGAAUGUUCAGGAGUAGUUAGUUGAAUUCAUUAGUGGAUUAGAUCCAUAUAUACCAGGUAAAAGAUUUCAAUUGAUUCAUUAAAUGAUGAUACAUUUCUUUUUCUUCUAAAAUUCUCUCUCUUCUGAUAUCUCGGCUUCCAGUCGUGAAUUAGCAUCUCAGUUCUUCAAGUUCAAAGCUCCUAGAAUUGUUCUUCUUAAUUGAUGCUUAAUUGACUGUCAUUGUGCAUCAACCACCGCCAAAUGGUGCUUUUACAAAAGUAUGGCAGUGUGAUUGAGAGACACAAUGAGUCUGGAGUGGUUUAAAGUAGUGUGUUGGAACCACUAGGUGAUGCCUGAUAAAGUGGACUGGGUUGACAAAUCAGAAUGAAGUACGAGGGUCUUUUAGUCAUUCACUUUUAUUGUGUAGUAUAAAUUAUUGUCUUCCUCUUAAUGGUCCACAAACAGCUAGCUAAAGAAGACUUGUGCAAAAACUUUGAGAAGACUUUGUGAAGGAGCAAACACAACUAUGGCCGAUCCUGUAAUUGGUGCUACAGUUCAAGUUUUGCUUGAAAAACUGCUUUCUCUCACUAUUGAGGAACUCAGUAGCUCAAGGGACUGCAAGAAAGAUCUGGAAAUGCUUACAUAAAAUGUAUCCUUGAUCCAAGCUUUCAUUCAUGAUGCUGAAAGACGACAAGUUGACGAUCAGGCUGUGAAACUAUGGCUCAAGAUGCUUGAGAGAGCUGAUGAAAAUGUGUUUGACGAAUUCAGGUAUGAAUCUAUCAAAAGACAAGUGAAGAUCCGAAACAAACCAAUGAAAAAGGUCAGUGAUUACUUUUCUCAUACAGAUUUUAAGAGCAAAAUGUCACGAAAAAUCAACAACAUCAAUGAAGAGUUGAGGGCUAUCAAUAAGUUAGCCAAAAACCUCGGUCUCCAAUCACUCAUGGUUCCUCUUCAGCAAAUCCUAUCAAUUCGUGAAACAAAUUCCGUAGUAGUUGCUUCGGAGGUUGUUGGUAGAGACAACGAUGUUGCAGAAAUAAAGAGGAAGAUGUUGAACAUGAGAGAUGAUAUUGUUCUGUCCACAGGGGUUUAGGGAAAACAACUGUGGCUAAGAGAAAUUUCAACGAUGAACAGAUCGAGAAACACUUUGAAAAGAGAGUUUGGUUGUGUCUACCUGAAAUGUCAGAAACGAAGAGCUUUCUUCAACUAAUCCUCGAAUCAUUGACAAAGAGGAAAGUUGAGGUCCAAAGCAGAGACAUAAUAGUCAAGAUGCUACAAGAUGAACUGGCAGGAAGAAAGUAAUUGCUUGUCCUGGAUGAUUUGUGGCAUGUUAACUCUACAUUGUGGGUAGAGUUUGUAGAUACUUUGCGAGGAAUGAUUACAUCCCGAGGAAACUUCAUUCUCGUGACUACUCGUAUGGAACAGGUGGCGUCCACAGUAGCAACAGUAGGUCCUCAUAGGUUGGAAAAAUUAGCAAAAGAUCAUUGUUGGUCCAUUUUCAAACAAAGAGCAUUUGUUGAUGGGGAAGUUCCAGAGGAAAUAGUGAUCAUGGAGAACAGGAUUGUUGAAAUGUGUCAAGGUCUACCAUUGGCUGCAAGUGUGUUGGGAGGCCUCUUACGCAACAAGCAAAAACAUGAAUGGCAGGCAAUUCUUGAUGGAAACCCCCUUGUUGCAAGUGAAGAUGAUAACGGAGAAAAUAACAUUAAGAAAAUCCUAAAACUCAGCUAUGAUUAUCUACCAUCUCCACAUCUGAAAAAAUGCUUUGCUUACUUUGCAAUGUUUCCAAAAGAUUUUGAGUUUGAAAAGGACCAACUAAUCCAACUCUGGAUGGCAGAAGGCAUUCUUCAUCCAUGUCAAGAGAUCACUGUAAUGGAAGACAUCGGGUACAAGUUCUUUCAGCUCUUGUUGCGAAAUUCCUUGCUGCAAGAUGUUAAGUUAGAUAAGCACAACAACAUAACACACUGUAAGAUGCACGAUCUUGUGCAUGGUUUGGCUGGGGAUAUCAUAAAAUCUAAACUAUUUGAUCCGAGGAGCGAUGGUGGAGAAAAUCUUUCUCAAGAGCGAUAUUUUGGAUGGGACUCACCAAGUGAUCAAAUAGAUAAGAUAAAAGAGCCAGAAUGUUUGUGCACACUGUUUUGGAGAAGCAAUUAUAUAUCGGAAGAUAUGCUGUUGAGCUUUAAGUUCUUGAGAGUUUUAAAUUUGUCCAGUUCAGGAAUCAAGGAGUUGUCAGCCAAAAUAGGGAAGCUGAUACACUUAAGAUAUCUUGAUCUCUCGGACACUAAGAUCACAGCCUUGCCCCACUCCAUUUGCGAGCUUUAUAAUUUGCAAACAUUUAGAUUCUACAAAUUCGGUUCACUCUUGGCACUUCCAUAUGAGAUGGGAAAUAUGAUAAGUUUGCGACACAUAUACUUCUGUUCUCGGUCUCAGACGCCACUUAACAUGGGACAAUUGACUUGUCUUCAGACCCUACAGUAUUUCAAUGUGGGUUUAGAGAAAGGUCGUCGAAUAGAAGAAUUAGGUCAUUUGAAGAACCUUAGAGGUAAGUUGAGGAUCAAUGGUCUCCAAUUGGUCCGUAAUAGAGAAGAAGCUUGAACAUCAUAUCUACGGGAGAAACUGAAUAUUUACAAGCUGGCAUAUUUAUGGUCCAUGAGGAAUCAAAAGGAUGUGCAAUCAAUGAUCAGCAUGUGUUGGAUGGUCUUCAACCGCAUCCUAACUUGAAAACAUUAGAAGUGAAGAACUACUUGGGUACUAGAUUUUCUUCAUGGUUCAGUGAAGAAUCGCUACCAAAUUUGGUCAAGUUGAAAUUAAGUGGUUGCAAAAGGUGCAUUGAAAUUCCACCGCUUGGCCAACUGAAGUUCCUUCGGCAUCUUGAGCUGAUAGGACUCCUUGAAUUGGAAUUCAUCGGACCUACAUUUUAUGGUGUCGAGGUUAAUGAUAAUGGAUCGUGCAGCAAAAUCCAAGUGUUCCCGUCAUUGAAAGAGCUUCUAUGGGAGAAUAUGCAUAGCCUUAUUGAGUGGAAUUGAUACCAACAACAAGAGGGGUAAGAAUGUUUGCUAAGCUUGAGAAUUUGAGGAUUAGAAACUGUCCAUUGUUAAAAAGUACUCUGAAUCAAUUUGAAAUCCUACGUGAAUUAGAGAUUGCGAGAGUUGACAGUAAAAAUGCCGUUGUUGAACUUGUGCAGCAACUUGACAUCUCUCGUAAAUUUAAGGGUCUAUUUUGUGAAAGAGCUCACUUGUUUACCAGAUGAGAUGCUACGCAACAACGUUUCACUUCAACACCUAUGGGUCUCAGUGUGCGUUUCAAGGUCAUGCUAGAAUGUUGCUGUGGCAUUUCAAGUCAAAAUCCAUGGGCGGCAACUACAUUAGGGUUGGUUAUGUACGACAAAGGAACCACCACAUUUGUUUUGUUGAAAAACAGAAUCUUCAGCCGUAGACUGUUUCAUGAGCAUUUGGUACUUUGGUCAAGGUAGAAAAGGUAUCCGUGGAUCGAGCCAUCAAAUUCUGUUCAUGAGCUAUUCAUAAGAUGAAGCUAGAAGGUUACUGUGAUAUAAAGACAAAAUGUAUGUCCAUUGCAAACUGCACCUUACUUCUAUGCACGCCAAGACUUGAAAGCUAUGCGGAAGUAUAAGGAUUCUUAGAUGCAUGACAUAUUUCAUUUUGGAUUCCGUUGAUAGUAGAUUUGACAGCAGAGGCCUUUAAUUUCUUGCACAUAGUGUACAUGCCUUUUCGUACAAAUAGAGUUUUUGAUUCCAGCAAACAUUUUGAACUUAAUUCUUAUCUGCUGCAAGCAUCAUUGCCUAGUUGAUAGCUUCUUUAAUGUAGCUCUGCCUUUUCUCUUGAA